UUGCUCUUACUAAAUCCUAUGAUCAUAGGAUUUGGAGGUACAGAAGUGGAAUUUUUUUUAGUUAUGGUACUCUGCUUCACUUUAAUGAUUUCUUAAAUGAGCAAUACAAGAACUCGCUACGCUCAUCUUGACAUUCCAAAUACAUUGUGUGGUUGAGGGCUUCAAUUUUAUUAUUUGUUUAAUAAUUACCUCUCUUGUCAACACUAAACAACUGAAAUUAUUCUUUUCACCACCUAUGUAGAUUUGUUCAGUUGCAGGUAAAAUGUCGUGGUCUUAUAUAGUAAAUACAAUGUACCUGUACUUACAAUACCACCCAUUUCUUUGUCAUCAUCAGCAGGAGUUGAUCACUCUUGCAGAAUUAAGAAUGGGGGAGGCUACGGAGAACAACUAUCAAACUAGCAAAAUAUUAAAAUAUAAAUAAAAAAUAUAAAAAAAUUAUGAAGUUUGUAUAGCAGAACAAGCAAAGAUAAAUCCUCUGAAAAAAAUUUCAGAUAAAGUAGUUCAGUAAAGAUUUUGGAAAAAAAAAACUGGACCAUUGAGAAAUGAGACAAUCAGGCUCCAGCUGCUGCAUACUACAUCCCAAAUUUUAUCACACAAGAGGAAGAAGAGUACCUUAUGCAACAAAUUUAUGCAGCUCCUAAGCCCAAGUGGAAAGAGCUUGCUCACCGAAGGUUGCAGAACUGGGGAGGACUGCCACACCCUAAGGGAAUGGUUGCAGAGCCUAUUCCUUCGUGGUUGCAGGAACAAAUGGAGAAGAUAACUGCACUAAGAGCAUUUGGAGACAAGACACCGAACCACGUCCUUGUGAAUGAGUACCUUCCUGGCCAGGGAAUAAUGCCUCAUGUAGAUGGUCCCAUGUUCUACCCAACUAUAUCUACCAUUAAUGUAGGUAGUCACUCAGUGUUGGAUCUUUACACACCUCUUCCAUCAAAUGAAGGAAUGGAGCAGUCCCAAAGUCUCUCAAGGCGACACAUUGGGUCUCUCCUUCUGGAAGCAAGAAGUCUCCUUAUUCUUCAGGAAGAUAUGUACACACACUAUCUGCAUGGCAUUAGUCAAGUUACACAAGACACUUUAUCCCAAGAUAUGUUUAAUUUUGAACAAUGUUCAUCUAUGCUUGGGGAUGUUCUAACAAGAGGAAAGAGAAUUUCUUUAACCAUUAGACAUGUCCCAAAAGUCCUUAAAGCAAAGUUAGUGUUUGGAAGAGGAAGAUGAUAAUAUGAGCAACGAGAUGUUAUUUUUAACUGGGAAAUGUAAAAAAAAUAAUUAUAAUGUUUUUAAUUGAGCCAGAAUCA